AUGGCUUCGGAGGUUAUCGGCCCGAAGAUCCGAGCAAGACGCGCCCUGCGAAUCUCUCUGUUUACAAUUGCACACAGCGACGGAAUAUACAUCAACGUAUUGCUACGGAGCAUAGUGAUAACAGGACUGUUGAGACCAUUGCUGGGACAAAGGGCAAUCAAGAUGAACUCGAGUCCUCCUGUUCGGGCCUGGAACCCUCCAGAGUCUCCAAUCGACUCACAAUACUCUCUUGAUCUCGGCGCAUUGGGACUGGACGAGCACAGUAAUGAGAACUCACCAAUACCGAAACAGCACGUUGAUCGCAUGCUCAGCGAGGAUAUCGAUGGACCCAGCGACUUCACACUGAACAUGGCCAAGUGGAUGCGAGGUGGCACAAUGGAGAAAAGCACGAUGCGAAGCGCGAAGAGCGGACUUCAAGCCGUGAAGGAACAAGAAAUUCGUGAUCGGGAAAGUGUGAGGCAGCGCAGUACGCUCGAAGUCCCACAAUCACCUGUCGAGUUCGAAGAGGAUCAGGCAACGAGUCAUCAUACACCGGAUCACAGUCCACCUAAGGCCUCUCCCUGGCAUGAGCAGCCGCCACAUUUUCAGCAACAACAGCAGCACGAGAAUCACGAGCAAGACGCGCAGCAUGACAGCUCCGAUUGGGACCCGUACGCGCCAUCCGGUACACCGCAGCCGCCUGUACACAAGCAAUUCUUACAGCCUACCGUCGAGGACUAUCACAGCGAGCUUACGCCUGCGAGGUUCCCAUCCACGACUACAGAUGCGCAGUCUUUGCGUGUGAACAUCAAUCCACGAUCUAAGUCUGUGCCGAUGUCUCCGACUCAAACAGAGCACGAAAUGUCCGCACGACCCGCCAGCGAGACGCUAUCACCAGUCCGAUCACCGGUAAUGAAGCGUGCGAGCACUUUCAAUGUCAGCUCCCCAUUCACAGAGCCCGAGGCGCGAAGUGACCUGGAGAAGCACAUGCAGCAAUUACAGGAGCGGUGCCAGCAGCUUGAGCAUCUCAAUAGUGCGCUGAGGCACGCUCUCGACGAGGAGCAGCGCAUGCGAAAGGAGGAGAGAAAUGUUCAUGAGAGAUUGGACAAGGAGUCAAACAAGCUGCUUGACGAAGCAGAUGCUGCGCAUAAUGCAGCUGUUGAGCAGUCUGGGAAAUGUCAGGCGCAAGCCGAUGAGCUGAAGACGAAACUUGCUCGCGUAGAAGCGGAGGCUGUUGCGCGCCAACAGAAAGGCCAUGAUGCUUCCCAGGAGCAUUCGUCUGAGCUUGAGCGCUUGCAAAGUGAAAUGGCGGCGAUACGAUUGAGCCAUGCGGAUGAGCUUAAUGGUCUCAGGCAGAGUCUCAAAGCCGCGGAGCAAGGUAGGGAUGCUGCAGAAAGGGUGGUCAAGAGCUUGCAUGCUCAGCUUGACCAAGGUGAUGACGCCACCACCAAGCUGGGACAACUGGGACGUGAAGUCGAACAGUCUCGCCACUUCACUGCCGAGCUGCAGAACCAGGUCAAACAUAGCAAGACUGAGAUUGAGAGUCUUCGUGGUGCCUUGGCUAAGGCAGAAGAGGACCGCGACCAGGCCCGAGACGAAUUCGAUGCUCUUAGAGACGAGAUCGAAGUGGACAAGGCCAAGCUCCUGGGUGAUCGGCAGCGAGCUGUACAGCUCGGUGAAGAUCAACAGAAGCGUAUCAAGGAAUUGCAGCAACAGCUGCGCGAUCAACAGACUACCCAUGCUACCGAGAAGGUCGAUCUGGAAAGUGCCAAGGAGGCAGCACUUGCGUCUGCCACGACGGAGACAGAUGAGGCACGUAAUGAUAUAGAAGCUCAGCAAAGCCUUCUCAACGCUGCUAUCCUAGAGCGGGAUGCUGCACAGGACGAUCUGACAGCCCUGCAAACCAAGCAGAGCGCAGCAGAAACCGAAUUUGCCGCUUUGCGAAAGGAUGUUGGGUCUUUACGGAGCGAGCUCGCCAACGCUCAGACGAAUCUUGAAGACGCACGGGAGCAGAUCAAGACGAAUGCCGAAAUCAACGACGAUCUUAUUACUAGGAUCUCGACCGAGUGGCGGAAGAAGGAGACUCAUCUGCGUAAGAAGCUAGACGAGAGCGAGAACGAGCGACAGCGAUCAUCGAAGACGCUGAUGAGACAGUACGCUGUUAGGAGUUCACCGAGGAAGGAGGUUGAUGCUGCUGGUGGUGGAUCGUAA